AUGUCAAAUCUGGGAGGAGAUGCAGAAGCGUAUUCAAGAUUUAAGAAAUAUGAAUACAGGGCAAAUUCGAGUCUAAUUCUCACCAUAGAUUCACGCCCUAGGGAUACACAUGAGCCCACUAGGGAGCCAGAGUCUCUCUACGGUAAAAUUGAUCCAAAAUCAUUUGGUGACCGUGUUGCCAGGGGAAGACCUCCUGAGCUUGAUGAGAAGCUGAAGAAAUCUUCAAAGCGGAAAAAGGAGAGGGAGCUACUCUCUGAGCAGGCAUCAUCAACAAAUGGGGAUGGUCUUGAUAAUGAAGUGGGUGUUGCAGUGGAAUUUGAGGAAAAUGAUGAUGAUGAUGAUGAUGAUAGUGAUUUAGGUUCGGUACAGGAUGAGGAGGAGGAGGAUGAAGAUCUUGCUGAAGCGUGUUCUUCAGAGGAAUCCAAAGAUUUUACAAAGUUCAAUCUGGAAGAGCUAGCUGGUUCCCUUAUAACUCACGAAUUACAUCUGGGGACAACAGACAGUUCUCGAAACAACGGAUUGGCUCUGACAGCAGCUGAUCAAGAAGAGUCAGAAUGUGAUGAAGAGGAGGCUGCCAAUACUGAUCAGUUCAUCAAAGAUUGCCCUAUGUGGAAAAACGAAAAGGGCAAGGAAAAGGCAAGGGAAAUAGGAAGACUACCAACCAAAAGAAAUCUUAAUAAAACCGACUUUUGCAAAGCCAUGAUUGCUGUAUGGGGAGAAUCCGAGAGUGAUGCAGAGAUAGAAAACCCCGAAGAAGAAGAAAAAACUAAUUUAUGUCUCAUGGCCUCACACGAGAGUAAGAAUGAGAAGUCCAAAGGAAAGGAGGUAAAGUCUUCUAAUUUAUUUCCUAACCAUCUGUUUAAAUUAAAUAGAUAUAAAUUAAUUGAGUUGCUUAUGGAGGCACAUGAUAAAUUGAAAGAAAGUAAUGAUAAAUGUCUCCAACUUCUCGACAGUGGGAGUGACACAAGAGACACUGUUCUAGAAGGGAUCCGAAAAGGAAACACUUAUGUUGUAGAUAUCAACACUGUUCCCAACUCGAGUCUAACUUGCCUUAGUGUCAUAGAGGAAGAUCCUCUUCUUUGGCACAAACAUGAUGAAGAUUUAACUAAAGAGCAAAAUCAAAGAACUGUAGGAGAACAGCUGAUUCAAGAACAAACCAAAGUACCAGACGAAACAGAACAACAAGUAAAUGAGGACCAGCAAGCCGUUCCCAAUCCAUCUUUUCUCAAAAAUGAGCAAACUGAUCCAGUUGAAGCUGAGUAG